CCACCCCUCAUUUCGGACCUCCAACCCAGAAAGUCCGGAUGGGACAUACAGCGAGACCGGAGCGCUUCUUCGGUGUCUACCUGCUCUACUGCCAGAACCCUCGGCAUCGGGGCCGCGUUUACGUGGGAUUCACUGUCAAUCCUGCUCGUCGGGUCCGGCAACACAACGCCGGUCGCAAAAAAGGUGGCGCCUGGCGGACCAGCGGGCGAGGACCCUGGGACAUGGUGCUGAUCCUGCAUGGUUUUCCGUCUGCUGUGGCCGCCCUUCGG